AUGCCUCGCACAGCUGCUUUCAAGCUUGUCCUCCUCGGCGAGUCGGCCGUCGGAAAGAGUUCCCUAGUGUUGAGAUUCGUUCGUGACGAGUUCUCCGACUUUAGGGAGUCCACUAUUGCCGCAUUCUUGACCCAGACCGUUCCCCUCGACGAGUCGACUAACAUCAAGUUUGAGAUCUGGGACACUGCUGGCCAGGAGCGCUACAAGUCGCUGGCUCCCAUCUACUUCCGCAAUGCCAACGCCGCCGUGAUCGUGUACGACAUUACCCAGCCCCCAGAGACGUCCUUCGAAAAGGCAAAGUCCUGGGUCCGCGAGCUCCAGCGCCAGGCCGACCCCUCUAUUGUGAUCAUGCUCGUUGGCAACAAGGCCGACCUCACAUCCCAGCGCAAGACCCCUCGGGCACUGGGCGAACAGUUUGCUCAGGAAGAGGGUCUCCUGUUCACCGAGGCGUCCGCCAAGAGCGGUGAUGGCGUUGAAGCCAUGUUCAUGGAGAUUGCCAAGAAGCUCCCCCUUGCCACCCCUAAACAGACCACCGCCCAGGGAGUCAAGGUUGCCAAGAGCGAGGAGACGCCCCGCGCCUGCACAUGCUAG